GAUAUCAAUCAAAUUAUGAAAGGUCAAAGCAGUAUAAAGUCUAAUGAAGUAUCGAAGCAUAAAAUGCAACUGGAAUCACUAAAGGAAAAAGAUCCAGAAUUCUACCAAUACCUUCAGGAGAACGACAUCGCCUUGCUCAAUUUUGAUAUAUCAGACGACGAUUGUAGUGAUAUUAACGAAAAUAGCGAUAAUGAGGAAAUAAUUUGGGAUGAAUCAAAAAACAGUAGUGAGAAUAUGCAAGUAGACAAUUUCGAUAAUGGCCUUAGAGAGGCUGAACUCGAUGAUAUUGGUGAUAGCAUACCGACUUUAACUACUUCGAUGGUUAAGAAAUUGCAAGUGGCCAUUACUCAGUCACAUUCUUUGCGGUCUUUGCAAAAAUUGUUAUUGGCUUUUCGUGCAGCUGCUCAUAUUAAUGAUAGCGAAGAGAAACAUUAUUCAUAUAAAAUUAGUGAUUCAGCAGUAUUCAAUAAUCUUGUGGUCAUUUGUUUGAAAUAUACAACCGGGGUUUUCGAUCAUCAUUUAAAUAGGCAAAAUCAGAAUUUAACUAGCAAGAAACUUCUAUGUACGCACCGAAAAUGGAAAACAUUGGAACCCCUUAUAAAGUCUUUCUUAAGCAGUGUUUUAUAUAUGCUCGAGCAAGUGACUGAGAAUGAUAUGAUUUACUUUAUUGUGAGAGAGUCGGAGAAGGCUGUCCCUUAUUAUGCAUGCCUUCCUAAAUUAUCCAAGCACUAUUUAAAGCAACUACUUGACAUUUGGGGAACUGCAGAAGACAAGACUCGAAUUGCCGCAUUUUUUAAUAUUCGUCAACUUGCAUCUAUUGCACCAUCACCUUUUAUUGACCUUUGUCUAAAGGGCAUUUAUACUACUUUUAUCCAAUACUGCAAAGAAACCACCGUCUUUACGAUACCGUCCAUUAAUCUUAUGAGUAAUUGUGCAGUUGAAAUAUAUGGAAUUGAUCUCAAAAGUUCAUAUCAGUCUGCAUUUAAUUAUAUUCGACAAUUAGCUAUUCAUUUAAGGAAUUCUAUUAAUAACAAGAGCGAGGAAACCUUUAAUGCUGUGUACAAUUGGCAAUAUUUGCAUUGCAUCGAAUAUUGGUCCAAGGUGCUGGCUAAUUAUUGUGAUCAAACACGAGAAUCUACCAAUAAUAAUUGUUCAUUACAGGAGUUAAUUUAUCCGUUAGUGCAAGUAUGCACUGGGACUUUUAUCCCUCUCGCACCUUAUCUUUUUGAUAUUUUGCAUUCAUCAGAAAUUCACCGAAAACCAAAACUUGCGACCCUAAAACCUUUAGAUUUUUCAUCCACUUUAAAAACACCAAAAAUUUAUCUACAUACAAAAGUAUAUCAGGAUGGUAUUUGCGAAGAACUUAUUGAAUUAUUGUUCGAGUAUUACUCAUGUUACAGUUUGUCGAUAGCAUUUCCAGAAUUAGCAAUACCCGCUAUUAUUCAAAUUAAACGACAUAUCAAGAAUUCAAAAAAUGCAAAAUUUAACCGACAACUCCAACAAUUUGUUGAAAAGCUAGAACAAAAUACUAGAUUCAUAGAGCAACAACGUUCGCAGAUCGAUUUCAGUCCUAAUAACCGGGCAGAAGUU